AUGGCGGGCGGCGGCGGCGGCGGAGGCUGGGGCGGCUACUACGACGACGACGACUGGGGCCUCAGCGCGGAGCAGCUGGACCAGAUGGAGCGGGACGCCAUCCGCCAGCUCGCCGAGCGGAAGGCCUCCGCCUCCGCGGCCUCCACCGCCCCCGUCCCCGCCUCCCCUCUCGGGGCCACCUCGCCGCUCCCCUCCCGCGCCACCGCGCCGGCGGCGGCCGUCUCGUCGCCGCUCGGGGGCAACCACCCCGCUGCCAGGGCCUCUCUGGAGGCCCGCUUCGGCACGGUAGAAGCACUUUCUCCCUCGAGAAAUUCAGUGAAUAAUAGCCAGGGCAGUUCACCUAAGAUAUCUGUUCAUAUUUUCCUCCAUUCUAGCGGGAUGAUCGCUGCAAGAUUCCAAUACAACCAGUUACUUGUUGAUGCAUUUCGGAAGACACCAAAAGCCAGUUGGAAUGCUAAAGAAAGGGUAUGGAUGUUUCCUCCCUCGUCUUUAGCAAUAGUAGAGGAUUUUCCUCGUUCAGUACCUGGAUUAGCUGUGGAGGUUCACAAAUUGGAUCCGCUAGUUCAGCGUGCUUUAGCUGCUGCUUUACGAUCCAAAGAUCUUCGAGGUUUGUAUGACAGGAUCCCCCCUAAUCUCGAGUCACAGCUUAUGCCAUUUCAGCGUGAAGGCAUCAGGUUUGUUUUACAGCAUGGUGGCAGAGCCCUGAUUGCAGAUGAAAUGGGUCUUGGAAAGACAGUACAGGCAAUUGUUGUUGCUUCUUGCCUUCGUGAUGCCUGGCCAGUCCUUGUAAUCUCUCCAUCUUCUUUGCGGUUACAUUGGGCAACUGCGAUUCAGAGCUGGCUUAACAUCCCUAUGGAAGAUAUCUUGGUGGUAUUGCCACAUACUGGAGGAUCACAUAAAGCAGGAUUCAGAGUGGUUUACUCAAACACUAAAGGAGAUUUUCACUUGGAUGGGGUGUUCAACGUCAUAUCUUAUGAUGUAGUUCCCAAGAUACAAAGCACACUUCUGGAUUUGGAUUUCAAGAUUGUUAUAGCUGAUGAAUCACAUUUUAUGAAGAAUGGCCAAGCGAAGAGAACGAUUGCUUCACUUCCUGUUUUGCAGAAAGCUCAAUAUGUUGUUUUGCUUAGUGGAACUCCUGCUUUGUCUCGCCCGAUUGAGCUCUUUACUCAGAUCCAGGCCUUGUAUCCUACAGUGUACAAGAAUGUUAAUGAGUAUGGCAAUAGAUAUUGCAAGGGUGGUUUUUUCGGGUUGUAUCAAGGUGCUAGCAAUCACGAGGAGCUGCAUAAUUUGAUGAAAGCAACUGUCAUGAUCCGUAGGUUGAAGAAAGAUGUCCUUUCACAGUUGCCUGUUAAACGUAGACAACAGGUCUUUCUAGAUUUAAGUGAGAAAGAUGUGAAAAAUGUCCGCGCUCUGUUUAUUGAGUUGGAGACUUUGAAGAUCAAAAUUGACUCCUCUGACUCCAAAGAGAUGAUCGACUCUCUCAGAUUUGCUUACCAGAAUAUUGUCAAUAAGAUCUAUACUGAUUCAGCUGUAGCCAAAAUUCCAGCUGUGUUGGAUUUCCUGGGUACUACAAUUGAGGCAGGUUGCAAGUUCUUAAUAUUUGCUCAUCACCAACCCAUGAUUGAUGCCAUUGAGCAACAUCUUUUGAAGAAGAAAGUAAAGUGUAUCAAAAUUGAUGGCAAGACACCUUUAACUACAAGACAAACCUUAGUCACAAAUUUCCAAGAGAACGAUGACAUCAAGGCAGCAGUGUUAUCCAUCAAAGCCGGAGGCUAUGGGAUAACUUUGACAGCAGCGAGCACAGUAAUCUUUGCUGAGUUGUCAUGGACUCCUGGGGACAUCAUUCAAGCUGAAGAUCGUGCUCAUCGGAUUGGUCAGGUUUCAUCAGUCAACGUAUAUUAUCUUCUCGCGAACGGUACUGUAGAUGAUCUUAUGUGGGAUGCUGUUCAAGGCAAACUUGAGAAUCUGGGGCAGAUGCUGGACGGGCAGGAGAACACGCUGGACGUUUCCCAGAUUGAUUGCAGGCCAAGUCCCUCGCAGCAGCGGAAGGCACUGGACGGCUUGGGACCAAGCCCCUCGAAGCAGCAGAAGAUACUGGACGGCUUCCUCAAGCGGCCCAGCACCAACACGCUGGACGUUUCCCAGAUUGAUUGCAGGCCAAGUCCCUCGAAGCAGCGGAAGGCACUGGACGGCUUGGGACCAAGCCCCUCGAAGCAGCAGAAGACACUGGACGGCUUCCUCAAGCGGCCCAGCACCAACACGCUGGACGUUUCCCAGAUUGAUUGCAGGCCAAGUCCCUCGAAGCUGCGGAAGGCACUGGACGGCUUGGGACCAAGCCCCUCGAAGCAGCAGAAGACACUGGACGGCUUCCUCAAGCGGCCCAGCACCUCCACGCCCACGGAGGAGGGUAUGCCCAGCCCCGGGGGCCAGCACGAAGCAGCCUCGGCGGAUCUGAGGUUCUGA